CUCCCCCUUAAACCCUUCCUAUCGCUUUCUUCAAUUUCUUGCCGGUUAACUCUUCGACCUAAACCCUUUGCCUCUCUCAACUCUCGAGUUCCGAGGUCUUCAAGGAAGAAAGAAACAUGAACUUGAACAACGUCAAAGUCCCCAAGGUUCCAGGUGGUGCGGCCUCGGCUUUGAUUAAGAUUGGUAUUAUUGGCGGGAUUGGUCUGUAUGCAGCUGCCAACAGUCUCUACAACGUUGAAGGAGGGCACCGAGCAAUUGUGUUCAACCGCAUAGUUGGUGUCAAGGACAAGGUCUAUCCCGAAGGGACACACAUUAUGAUUCCGUGGUUCGAGAGGCCAGUUAUUUAUGAUGUCCGGGCUCGACCUCAUUUGGUGGAAAGUACUUCAGGGAGCCGCGACCUCCAAAUGGUGAAAAUUGGUCUUCGAGUACUUACACGUCCGGUGGCAGACCAGUUACCUUCCGUCUACCGAACUCUUGGUGAAAACUAUAAUGAGAGAGUACUGCCUUCCAUCAUUCAUGAGACUUUAAAAGCUGUUGUUGCACAGUAUAAUGCUAGCCAGCUUAUCACUCAGAGAGAGAAUGUUAGCAGGGAAAUACGGAAGAUUCUAACUGAAAGGGCGGCCAAUUUUAACAUUGCCUUGGAUGAUGUGUCAAUCACCAGCCUAACUUUUGGGAAGGAAUUCACUGCUGCAAUUGAAGCCAAACAAGUAGCUGCACAAGAAGCUGAAAGGGCAAAAUUUGUUGUGGAAAAAGCUGAACAAGACAAGAAGAGUGCUGUUAUCAGAGCAGAGGGAGAGGCUACAAGUGCCAAGCUGAUCGGUCAAGCCAUUGCCAACAAUCCAGCAUUUAUCACACUUCGGAAGAUAGAAGCCGCUAGAGAGAUUGCGCAUACCAUCUCCAACUCGGCUAACAAAGUGUUCUUGCAUUCGGAUGAUUUGUUGUUGAACCUUCAGGAGAUGAACUUGGAGACCGCGAAGAAAUAGAAAAGGCCAGCUAGAACCUGUAACUUCCUUGUUUUCAAGCUUAUUUAUGAAAAUAUUAAAAUUAGUUUUGGUAAGGUGGGCAUGUUUAUUUUUCUUUUCUUUGAGGACCAUGUGAAACAAGGAAACCUUAGUUUCAAGGCAACUUUUGGAAUCUCAUGAGAUUGAUCCAUCA